GGGCGCUCUGAACACUGAUGAGUGUGUGAGGAAAAAGGGGGAAUAAAGAUCAACUCUGUGCUCUUUUCUCGUACUUGGUAUUCACACAUGGACACACACUCACACACACACACAUCUCAGCAUGCUGGAACCUGGAGUUUCAAGUCACUGAUUUUUUUAGCCUCAUUCUCUCAACACUCCUUGGACACAAAUCUUUCUGACUUCACACGUGGUUGGAUGUGUAAGACCUCACACACACCUCACUGAUGAACAGAUUGUCAGGACACCUCUUGGGUCUUGCUGUGGAAACUGGGGUUAUGAGUCCAGGUUAAAUCUUCCCGUGGUCCCGUGAUGCAUCUGUACCGCACUACGAACCCCAUUAAGAAACCCGCUGGAGCCCGUGCUGAGGAAAUUAUCUGGCCUGAACAGUGGUGAUAGGGAGACGCAGCGCGAGGACGGGGGCCGCCGCCGCCGCCGCAAGGUGAAAGGAAAAUAGACAGAAAAAAAAGGAGAAGGACGCCAAUGAAAUCAUGCCCUCGUCCACCAUGCAGAUCUUCGCCUUCAUCUUGGCGCUGCUUGGGGUUCUGGGUGCCACUAUGGCCACGUUGCUGCCCAACUGGAAAGUUAGUGUCGCCAUGGGCUCAAACAUCAUGACCGCAAUCUCACAGAUGCAGGGCCUGUGGAUGGACUGCACCUGGUACAGCACGGGUAUCUUCAGCUGCACGCUUAAGUACUCCGUACUGGCGCUGCCUGCUUACCUUCAGACCGCCCGCACCACCAUGGUCCUCUCCUGCCUGCUGGCAACUCUCGGGCUCUGGCUGGCUGCCCUGGGGCUUAAAUGUACUCACUGGGGUGGUAGUCAAAGCUCCAAGGUACAAACUGCAAUUGCUGCCGGAACAUGCUUCGUCCUUGCAGGCUUCCUGUGCCUCGUCCCAGCAUCCUGGUUCACCAAUGAGGUCAUCACCAGCUUUAUGGAUUCUAAAGUACCUCAGAGUGGAAAGUACGAGCCGGGGGGUGCCGUUUAUGUGGCAUUUGUGUCGGCUGGGUUUUUCUUAGCCGGAGGUGUAAUUUUUUGUCUUUCAUGUCCCAGAAAACGGGACAGGGCCACAAAUUGCGGGGUAUCCAACCCUGACAAGUUAAUAAGGCAGGAGCAGCAGAAAAAGGAGCAGAGAGAACAACAGAGCCAGACGGAGCCACCGGAGCCAGAGCUGGAGCACAAAGAGAAAGCAGUACAGGAGAAACUCCAGCUGGAACAGCAGCAGCAGCAGCGGUACUACUCCCCAUCUCGCAAGGGACCUCAGGACACCAAGGCCCUCUACAGCCUGCAGGACUAUGUCUAAAAAAUCUGAACAGUCUCAGGGAACGAGUCUCAGUUUGUACACGCGGCUGUCAGAAGCGAUGAAAGGAGGAAAGAGGGAGGAGUGAUGACGCCAGUGAUGCUUUUCUCCCCCUUUCGUCCGUUUUUUUAUGUACUGUGACCGUUAUUGUAAGUGGAGAUGUUUCUAGAACCAUAGCCGGAACUGUAAAUCCUCAGGUGAAACACGCACUGAUUCAAGGAACAUUAAAUAUGCGGGCAUGAAAAAGUUCUGACUGUGUUUGUGUUGUUAGAGAUAACGCUGCUACAUGCCAAAGCUUUAAAAUUUGAAGUCUGCAUGUGACUGACGGCUGAAAUCAUUUCAUUACACGAGAUGAAAGCGGCUCUUUGGAAAUAAGCUCUUUAUUCAAAUGAGGCAUUAUUGCUGUUUAUAGCUUGAUCUCAUUGCAGAAUGCUUGGCAGAUAUGAGAAAACACAUCACCCAAAAACAUUGACUUACACCAUUUCGACAUGAUGAGUAUGGCACAAUACGAAGUCUAAACCCCAGCGUAGAAACAGCACAAUGUCUUGUCUUUAUUUUCCAAAGUGUCUGGUGGAGGUGAAACAUAUUGAAGCACACAUCAUUUGAGGUAAUGAUGCUCUUUGCUUUCCCAUUAGCUUCGCUCCGGAUGGGUGCACGCUGCUCAUUUAUUGCAUGUAAUCCAGCUCUCCUCCUCCUCUUCCUCCUCCUCCAAACACACACACAUACACACUCUCUUGCUGCAGGGGUAAUGGGGUCUUGCACCCAAUCAUUUUUACCAUGUGUGGCUGCCUGUCAUUGGUGCAGUAAAUGCAGCAGGGGCUGUUCUGAGGGACGCUGACAUGGCUGCAGCCUGUUCUGUCCCUCAUGGAUUUUUGUGAAAAGAUUCCCUUCAGCCAUGUCUGAACCAUUUAAUAGGUUUGGCAAAACAUUCCUCGCUAUAGGUCAUGGUUUACAGAAAGAAAGGUUGUUUUUUUUGACAAGAAUCUAAAAAAGGACUCAAAGAGUUUCACCUACAGACUUGGUUUAUUAUGUUUAGAGACUUUUGUUGUCGACAUGUUUAGUGUAUGAUGUUUGUUUCUUUGGAGGUUAAGGUAGCUAUCUAAGUAAAGGCAGUUCUAUAAACUCGCAUCAUUUUUUAAAAUAAAUCUCAUCCAGUUCUUCAGUGAUGUUACUCAGAUUUGCUAUCAUUUAUAAGCAUGAAACGUGUAAGUGAACGCUGGAACGACAUGUGGCGGCCAUCUUGAAAAAAUUACUUUAUUCCUAAAAAGUGAUGCAAAUGUUAGUCAUUCCACCUUAAACUUAACCCUUGUGUUAUGUUUUCUCUUUGGUCCCUUUGCUGCUGUUUGGGUCAAAUUGACCUGGGGCAAGUUCUAAUUUGGUUAACAAAAUACACUAUAGUAAAGACCUCGUGGUGUAAAUCUAGAGACUAAAUUGUUUCAUUUUGAACUGAUUUAUCAAAUGAUGAAUGACAAUAAAAUCAAGAGAAAAAAAAAGAUUAUCUGUAAAUGCGAAUGAUUUACAACAAAUGCAAAACACUUUAUAAAAAUAUAAAACAGGUCAGUUUGAGCCGAACACCACACAGAGGUUAAAGUAGUGGCUAUGGAUUUUCCUUGCUAUCAAAUAAUUAUUUUUAAAUAAGAGAAUAUGUAGAUUUAUGAUUGUUGUUUGAAAAUAUUUGAUUAUAUGAAGAUGCAGUAUUACAGAAGGUAUUUAGGAUACAAUCAGACUUUCAUUCAUUGUUUCAGCAACCUUAGCCUCGUAGCUCCAGUAAAACGAUGAAGCAGCACCAAGAAUGUCUCGUCUGCUCGAUUUCAUUAGAUUUACAUUUACAUUCAUGGUAUUUGGCAGACACGUUCAUUACCCUGAGAGAUAGUGCUAGUAAAUUUCAUUAGAUUUCUAGUGAGCAGGAAACCAUAUAAAUAAGAUUAUGGCCAAAAUAAUGAUCUAUUAGCCAUGUUUAAAUCUGUAAGUUCUUCAUGAAACACUCUCAUCUCAUUGAAAUAACAACUUCACAUACUGGACCAUUGGCCAAUGCAGUGAUUUUUAUCUUUAUUUUUAUUAUAUACCACAGUGCUAAUGAGUUCUCAACUCUGGUUUUAACCUUUAAACAAAGAGUUUCCAAAGAGUGGGGCGUUUUGACAGAAAAGACACUAUAAAAGCAGGGAAAUCUUUACUCAGUGAGGAGAAUCUUGCUCAACUUGAAAUAACUCUAAAUUGUGUCCUUUGUCCUCUCACUUCACUCUGCAUGUGGGCACAGAAUAAAAUGAUGCCUAACGGCAAACAUAGCGUGCUCAUCAUAAAUUAGGUCCUCCAGGCAGAUAGUUUAAUAGCAAUGUUUUUUUAAGGUUUUUUGUCCUUUGCGCAUUUUUGUCAAUUUAUGGCACAGAU